AUGGAAUCUUUCGAUUCCAUUUUCUUUGAUCCAAACAACCAAACCGUUCUUCAUCCUAAAUAUCAAUCACAUCUUAGAAGCAAAUUGGUCCUCUGUGCAAUUGAUGGAUGGUUAUUAAUGUUUGAUACAACGAAAGAACACUAUUUACCUUUCUUCUACAACCCUAUCUCAGGUGCCAAGGUUAUGUUACCAUCACAGAUUCAAGGUCAAGAUCAGGAUUACUUUCUAAACACUGCAAGAGUUGAGGCAUCUUCUGCACCACAUGAUAAUUGUCAUCAUGACUCAAUUUAUAUUGCAGGUCUUAUGAAUGAUUAUUGUCAUAUUAUUUUUUGUAAAAUAACAAGCGAGUCAUGGGGUGUCAUUGAAGCAGAUGAAGAGUGCAAUUUUUUAGACAUUACCGUCAUUGGGGACUUGUUAUAUGUUCUGAUUGAUCAAACAGAACUAGACAUUGAAAUUUAUAAUCUUAAUGACGUAGAUAAUUUUGACGACGAAAAUGCUCCUGAAGCUCAGAAACUACUUGUCCUCGACCCAAAGCCAGAAAUCAAUAGAAUGAUGACCAGGGCAGAACAUGGUGAUUAUCUAUGUUUCCACAAUUAUGAAGCGAUUUGCUUAGGUUAUGAUGUUGUUUCUGAAGACCUAAUAAUAGUCGUGAUCUUAUAUCACUUAGCAUAUUUAUUCGACCAUUUGGUAUGCCAUGAUAUAAGAGGAUUUAGAGUGCUGAAAUUGGACAGAACUAUAGAUGAUGGGAUUCAAUUGGUGGAGAUUCAAGACCUGGGUGAUCGUUUGAUAUUUAUGGACUACAGGAAUUGUAAGGUGAUUUCUACUAUCAGUUUACAAGAAAGUUUCAGAAGAAAUUGCAUCUAUUUUGCAACUUUCAAGAAUCCAGAAUUUUAUGGAUCAUGGAAAAUGUAUUCGGGUGUCUUCUGCUUGUCUGAUAAGAGCCUUCAUUUUUAUAAACCAAGAAAAUUAAAUAGCUAUGCUCUAAUAAAGUAUCCUGCAGUUUGUACGUGGUUUAUGCCAAGUCUUUUUUAG